AUGGACGGACAGUCCGACGGCCCGUCUUUCGGCGACACGAAGUCGCGAGGCGGUAUCGCGACGGCGGACGGCGAGUCGCCGACGGACGCUGCAUCCGGGUCGCGGCCGGGACCGGACUGGCCGUCCUGCGGCGAUUUCGACAUGAAGAUCGCCCGCGACGGAACCUGGAGCUACCGGGGCAGCCCGAUCGGCCGGAAGCGGCUGGCCGACGCCGCCCAUCCGCUGCGGGUCCUUCACGACGCUGAAAGCGGUGAGCCGGCUCCCUAUAUCCUGGUGCGGGACGGUCUGGAGGCGCGGCUGGCACGCGCCGUCUUCUACCAUCUGGUGGAGCUGGCGGCGGUGGAGCGUCGGCUGCGCGCCGCCGCGCCCGGACGCCGCUCCGCGCUGACGCUGCAGCCCGAGGGCACGCGCGGCGACCACGAGCUGAACCCCGACCUCUACGAUCCGGAGCGGCCGAUGAAGGCCGCCGCCGUUCUCGUGCCGCUGGUCGAGCGCGCGGCCGGCCUCAACGUGCUGCUGACCCGGCGUACCGCGCAUCUGCGCGACCAUGCCGGUCAGAUCGCCUUUCCCGGCGGCCGCCUGGAGCCGCAAGACGCCGACGCGCUGGCCUGUGCGCUGCGCGAAAGCGAGGAGGAGGUCGGCCUGCAGCGCGACCUCGUGACGCCGAUCGGGCAGCUCGACGUCUACGUCACCCGCACCGGCUUCGAGGUCACGCCCGUCGUUGGGCGGAUCGCCGCGCCGCUGGAGCUGACGCCCGAUCCCUUCGAGGUGGCCGAAGCCUUCGAGGUGCCGCUGGCCUUCUUCCUGGACCCGGCGAACCGCGAGGUCCAGAGCCGCGUUUACCAGGGCAAGACCCGGCACUUCUACGUCUAUCCCUACCGCGACUACUACAUCUGGGGCGCGACGGCCGGCAUGCUGAACAACCUGGUCGAGGUGAUGGGGACAUGA